AUGCAGUUACCUGUCAAUACACAUGUUAAUGGAGUACAUCUACCAGACACAACAUGCAAGUUUAAACCGAAAAAGUGUACAUGUGAUCGUUCAUUUUUAUCUAAAGAUAAUGAAACACCUACAAGUAUGGAUACAAUGUCGUCAUCAGUUGGCGAAUCAUUGAAUUCAACAACAAACACGCCUAAUCAUCAUUUGAAUGGGGAUACAGAAGUCAUUGAUAUAUCAAGCGAUGAAGACGAAUCAAAUAAAUCAGUCAAUGGAAAUGAAUGGUCUCAUCUACUUACAGGCGGUGUUGGGGAUGUUGGUGGUGAUGGGGAUGGGGAUAAUAGUUAUCCGAAUUUUUCGGGAAAUCGAACACGCGUUAAACGAUGCAGUAAAUGGAGUUGUGGACCAAGAGGUUAUCGUGUUCUAUCACUCGAUGGUGGCGGGAUUCGUGGACUGAUUAUUGUACAGAUACUUCGAGCUUUAGAAAUUGCCAGCGGGAAAAAAGUUACAGAAUUGUUUGAUUGGAUCAUUGCACAACAACGGUGUGGUUCACAGAGAUCUUAA